AUGGAGCUACAGAAUGAGGGACAAGCAAUGGUGCAUCCACUGGCGCGAUGGUUUGCGGGGCUCUCUGCUCCCAUGUCACUUCGGGAUCAGCAAAUGGUGAGGAAAGGCCUGACAAGGGUUUUUUGUGUCUUUCUUUUCCUUCCGCUGAUUGCAGGUUUUUUUUUUGAGCACAUUGGUAUGGUCUUCUACGGCGUGGUCAUGGGGUGCGUCGUGUCCCUUGUUUUGUUUGGUCCCAACUGGUACCAGCGUGAGGACCCUGACCAGCGGUGGUGCGAUGAGGCUGAGGUGAAGGAGUACUACCGCGUCCGUCAGAUGCUUAUAGACGAACUUGAGGAGGAAGAAUCGAACGAGGAGCUGCAGGCGCUUACAAAGAAUAGGGCUGAGGGAGAUGUCGAGGAGAAAAUGUAG